AUGUCCUGAGAGAUGGAUGGAAACGGCGCUAUAUAAGUACAUUUUUAUAUUAUUAAACUAAUUAAUGAUGCUACAGUAUUCUAUUGUUAAUCCUGCCACAGUACUAGUCACUAUUAGCACUUUAGCAUUGUAUUAGCUUGUAAUUCAGUUGCUUCAUAAAGCCCCUUGUGAUGUUACUUGCUGUCAAGGGGGUUUGUAAAAUGGUUUGACUAAUUUUAUUAGAUUGAUUCACUGAGUCAGUCAGUCCGUUUCAAACCAGUGGCUCUUUGAACAAGUGAGCCAGUCAGGGACUUCGGAGGGACAAAAGACUUUGGAGUCCUUGACAGAUGAAAACUGCGUAAUACCCGAGAUGCUGCGAGUCCUUCUUAGUGGUCUAUUAACCUUCUUCCAAGUGAAAUCGUUAAACGGCAGUGGGCGGCCCAAGAUGCACACUGUCCCUGCAUAUGCAGUUUCGGAGGCCUUGCGCGCCUUUGUGUUGGAGCACCAGCGGCGGCCGCUAUUUGUAUUCCUGUGAUCGGCCGUUAGGGUGCGCUGCCGCGUCACAACGCUCCGGCCGCAGCGGGCAGUGAUGUCAAAGGCACGGCGUGGAGGAAUGAGGACUUCCUGUGUUCGAUCUGCGGGCUCUUGGCAGCUAGAAGCAGCUUCUGCCCUCCGAGCGUGACCCGAACGCGGGUGUGCAUGCAGCGAUCAGGCAGCGUGGCUGUGCAGCCUGCGUGUUAGCGGCCGAGGCGAGGCCCUAGCGGCGGGCGCGCUGACAGCUCUCAUGCGGUGGGGUUGGAUGCGGACCGCAAACUGAGGAGACAUGGCUGUGCUGAAACUCGCCGAGCAGCCCCCACUUGUUCAGGCGAUUUUCAAUGGCGAUCCAGAAGAAAUUCGAAUGUUGAUCUUCAAGACUGAAGAUGUCAAUGCGCCGGAUGCGGAGAAGCGGACUCCUCUGCACGCUGCUGCGUUUUUGGGAGAUGCUGAAAUUAUCGAACUGCUUAUUUUAUCAGGAGCACGAGUUAAUGCCAAGGAUAACAUGUGGCUCACCCCUCUGCACCGGGCUGUGGCAUCACGCAGUGAGGAUUCGGUACGCAUUCUCAUCCGGCACUCGGCAGAUGUCAAUGCCAGAGACAAGAACUGGCAAACUCCUUUACAUGUGGCAGCAGCCAAUAAGUCGCUCCGCUGUGCUGAGAUCAUAAUUCCUCUCUUGAGCAGUGUCAACGUGUCGGACCGAGGUGGCCGGACAGCUUUACAUCAUGCUGCACUAAAUGGCCACAUGGAGAUGGUGAAUCUGUUACUGGCAAAAGGGGCCAACAUCAAUGCCUUUGACAAGAAGGACAGAAGAGCACUGCACUGGGCUGCCUAUAUGGGUCACCUGGAAGUGGUGUCUUUGCUUAUCAAUCAUGGAGCAGAGGUUUCCUGCAAGGACAAGCGGGGGUACACACCCCUCCAUGCAGCGGCAUCCAAUGGCCAGAUCUGUGUUGUGAAGCACUUUCUGAACCUUGCAGUUGAGAUUGAUGAAGCCAAUGCCUUUGGAAAUACAGCACUUCACAUUGCCUGCUUCAAUGGACAAGAUGCAGUUGUCACUGAGCUAAUUAAUUAUGGGGCCAACGUUAACCAGCCGAACAACAAGGGCUUUACCCCCCUUCACUUUGCUGCAGCCUCCACACAUGGUGCACUCUGCUUGGAGUUCCUAGUCAACAAUGGUGCAGAUGUCAACUUGCAGAGUCGAGAUGGGAAGAGCCCAUUGCACAUGACUGCAGUCCAUGGACGCUUCACCCGUUCACAGACCCUCAUUCAGAAUGGUGGCGAAAUUGACUGCGUAGACAAGGAUGGGAACACCCCAUUGCACAUUGCAGCCAGAUAUGGCCAUGAGCUUCUAAUCAACACCUUGAUCACAAGUGGAGCCGACACCGCAAAACGUGGAAUUCACGGCAUGUUUCCACUCCACCUGGCCGCUCUCAAUGCUCAUUCUGACUGCUGCCGGAAGCUUCUGUCCUCAGGCCAAAAGUAUAGCAUUGUGUGCUCGUUUAAUAACGAGUCGGUCCUGUCUGCAGGCUUUGAAAUAGACACCCCGGACAACUUUGGCAGGACCUGUCUUCAUGCUGCAGCCGCUGGAGGGAAUGUUGACUGUGUGAAGCUUCUCCUCAGCAGUGGGGCAGAUUUUAACAAGAAGGACAAAUGUGGAAGGACUCCGCUUCACUAUGCUGCAGCCAGUCGACACUUCCAGUGUAUUGAAACGUUCAUCUCCUCCGGAGCAAGUGUUAACACUCCUGAUGACUGGGGCCGCUGUGCUCUUCAUUACGCCGCAGCUUCUGACCUUGACAGGAAGAGGCGAAAUAUUUUGGGGGAGACGCACGACCCAGUGGAGGAGAGUGAUGCUACGCAUGCAGAGCGAGAGAAGGAGGCCUCCCUGUGCCUGGAGUAUCUGUUAGAAAAUGAUGCAAACCCGGCCCUUCGCGACAAGCAGGGCUACAGUGCUGUCCAUUACGCUGCAGCCUACGGCCACAAACACUGUCUGGAGCUGAUUGCCAGAAACGCUCCUUUGGAGAUGCUUUUAGACCGAACUGAGAGCACUGCUGAGGAUGUGGAGUCUCGCAGCACCAGAAGCCCCCUUCACUUGGCUGCAUAUCAUGGCCACGCCGAGGCACUGACUGUCUUACUUCAGUCGCUGUCUGACCUGGAUAGUCUGGAUGAUGCAGGAAGGACCGCUUUGUCGCUUGCUUCCAUGCGUGGACAUGCAGACUGUGUGGAGGCACUGUUGAGUCAGGGGGCUUCGGUCACUGUGAAGGACAAGGUCCAAGGAAGGACACCCUUGCACUUUUCAGUGAUGAAUGGACACACGUCAUGUCUACGCUUGCUGGUUGAGAGUUCAGACAGUGCAGAUGUUGUGGACAUGAGAGAUGCCCGAGGACAGACGCCUUUGAUGCUGGCUGUCGCUAACGGGCAUGUGGAUGCUGUAACUUUCUUAUUGGAGAAGGAGGCGAGUGUCGAUGCUGUCGAUUCACAGGGCUGCACUGCCCUGCAUCUUGGGAUUCUCUCUGGGAAUGAAGAGUGUGUGCAAUGUCUGUUGGAACAAGAAGCAUCCAUUCUAGUGGGCGACUGCCGUGGACGCACUCCAAUUCAUUUUGCUGCGGCUCGAGGCCAUGCUACAUGGCUCAGUGAACUGCUGACAAUAGCAUUUUCAGAGGGAACGCCAACUUUACGGGAUAAUCAGGGCUACACACCUCUGCAUUGGGCCUGCUAUAAUGGCCAUGAGAACUGUGUAGAGGUUCUGCUGGAGCACAAGGUGUGUCGUUGUUUUGAAGGAAACCCUUUCACCCCUCUGCACUGUGCUGUAAUAAAUGAUCAUGAAGGCUGUGCCUCAAUUUUGCUUGAAGCACUGGGUCCAGAUAUUGUGGAGUGUAAGGAUGCCAAAGGAAGGACCCCUCUCCAUGCUGCUGCCUUUUCUGAACACGUGGAGUGUCUCCAGCUGCUUCUGAGCCACAAUGCACCUGUAAAUGCGAUUGACCAAUCAGGGAAGUCUGCAGUUAUGAUUGCAGCAGAGUUUGGCCGAAUUGGAGCAGUAGAAGUGUUAGUUAAAAGUGCCAACGCCAACCUGACCUUGAGGGAUGAACACAAAAACACUGCCUUCCACCUCGCCUGCAGUAACGGUCAUGCAAAAUGUGCCUUGGUGAUUCUUGAGAAGAUAAAAGAUCAGAGUCUUAUAAAUGCAACAAAUGCAGCAUUACAAACUCCUCUUCAUCUGUCUGCUAGAAAUGGACUCAAGCAGGUGGUACAGGAGCUGCUGUCCAGAGGGGCCAGUGUGCAGGCCUUGGAUGAGAAUGGUCACACCCCAGCCUUGGCUUGUGCUCCUAACAAAGACGUGGCCGACUGCCUGGCUCUCAUUCUGGCUACCAUGAUGUGUUUCUCCCCUUGCAGUACUGGAAAUCCCUCAGCAUCCCCUGUUGCGGUCUUGAAGGCUGGCCGAUUGGGCCAAGGGGUCUGUGCUGGACUGCAGAAUGCUGUGCCAACUUCACAAAGGACCAUCAGCACUGGCUGUGUAACAGCUUGCACAAACAACGUGGGCAGUGAAGAUGAUGAUCUCGAGAACGACUCGGACUCUGAGACAUUCUGAAACUCGGAUUCUGGACAUGUCGUUACUGUACUUCUGAGGCCUGUCCCUCUCAGCUUGCCACCUCAAGUCACUUCUUGCCCUUGAUCCUACCUGUCUGUCUGACAAGGGCAUAACAUUUUGCACUGUGAACUGUGAGAACAAACAGAAAAUAAGCAAAGCUUUCUAAACAGUUUAAAACCAAUUUACAUUCAUGUUACAUACAAGCUGUAGCUUGGACUGACAUGCCAGCAUGAUAGCAGUGUUUUUUUUUUUUUUAUUUCUAUAGAUUUUGGAGUUUUUGGCCAUUUUGCGGGGUUUCGGCACAAGACUAAACGCUGUUUUAAGAGCAUUUGCUCUUAAAUGCUUCUGAAUUCUUAGUGGUAAAAAGUGGAAUGGAGCUGAUGCAUCUCACUCUCGCUACUAAAAAUGAGGAGUUUUGCCUAUACUUUGAAAAAAUGAAAAAUCACAGAGAAGAAUGGCCUGUUUUCAAAUUGUAUGUGCCUGACACCAGGCAAAACUGCCCAACAUCUAGUUGUUUUUGCACUGCUACAUUCAACGUUUAGUUUUAUAAAUGUGAUCAACUGAUAAAGCUGAACAUGGCCGCUACCUACUUCUUUCAGAAGAGCCAAAUUUGUACUUUGACAUCUCCAGCUGUACUGUAGUCCAAACACAGAGGCCAUCAAGACAGUAAAUAACCAAAGUUGUUGGAAAUAUUGCAAGUGAAUGGGAAAGAAUAGUCAGCAAAUGUUCACCCCAUAUGGGAUAGUGUGGGUGGUCCACUUUUUAUGCCUCUUAAGAUGGACCAAUAUAAUCAGUUACAAAGGCUCAUUUGAUAACAUCAGUCCUUUCAGGCCAGUUUUAGUCCAAAGCCAAUGCUGUGCUUUGUCAGACAAGACCUGCUGCUACUUUUUAAAUCGACAAAGGCGAUGGAUGGCAUGGCUGACACCAGAUAGCAUGUGGGCCCCAGUUCGAUUCUGGGUCUGUGGUGCCUUUGUGUGGAGUCUUCAUGAUCCUCUCUCUUCUCAAGACGUAUUGUCAGAUUGACUGGCGUCUCUAAAAUUCUGUGUGUGUGUGUGUGUGUGUGUGUGUGUGUAUAGCUAUAUUUGAGUGCAGCCAGCAAUGGACUGGCCUCCCAUCCUACUGCUAUUUCUUGCUCCCUGAAUUGACCUGAAAAUUACCAGAUGGAUAAAUAGAGCAAAGCACAAAUUUUAUUCCAGCAUCAACCUUGUUGAACAAGGUGGACUUUAUACUGUUUGGGUUCAGUUGUGGAUUUUGUUUGGGUCUUUUGUAAAACAUAUGACUACUCUUUAGAUCAGUCCCCACGUUCAUGGCUUCCAGGUCACUUAUGUCAGCUGCCCACAUUUGCAUGUAACUCUUUAAUAGUAGACAUUUCUACCCUGAGGAGGAGUUUGAGUUCUACAGUAAAUGGUCGUUCUGCAGAGGGGCUCCUAAGUCUUGAGCAACCAUUGUAAAGAUCUCUGUCCAUUUAGUGCUACAGUUCUCGGAAUCUGCAAUCACUGCCUAAGUGUAUAAUCCCUUUCACUGCUUUCUUUUAACCAAGACUAAAUGCAUGCUGGCCUAGCUCUAUGCAAGUCUGACCUCAUUCAUGAGAACAGACGCCAUCAAGAGUCCCACGUAUCUUCAACACAGGUCCCUUUCCAGAUACUUAUUCUUCUACCAUUAUGUGGCUCUGUGGUUUCUCACGAGGAAAAUAUAUUCUUGUGCAUUACUUGGCCUAAUUCUAGAAGCUUGUAUCAACGCUAUAGUUUCCACAAGAUUUCUCUGCCAUUUUUCCAGAUUCUCAGUACACAAUGUCCCAGGGCAUUCCUUGAUGCUCUUCAAUGCUAGGAAGCAACCAUUAAAAUUCAGCCAGACCUGUAUGCAGAUCAAGGCUUUUAUUGUUUUGCCAAACCUUUUAGGCUCAUGUAUAUUUCUAGGUUAGAAGAACUGAAAGCACCUUUUUGCCUUGUGUUAAGGAUUCUUCUAUUUAUUUUUCUUCUAAUACUCACAAAGAAAUUUGUUUUUCUCAAACUGUAAAAUCUGAAACCUUUCUUACAGAUGUUAUAGUGUUGUAAAUCAUAUUACAUUUUAUAUUAAAAGGGUGGUGAGUGUUUUAUGUGGCUCACCUGUCUUAUGUUGUUGGAACCCAGAAUACUUCACACUCCACUCUCACGCCAAUUGGCUCCCGGUUAUAGUGGGCAAACUGUCCGCAGUCAGUGCACUGUAUUGAUAUAAAUGUGUGUUUUUAAUGUUUAGUAUUGUAUGCUAGCUAAAUGUGUCCUCCCAUCUUUUGGUAAUCUUUUCCUAUCCAUAUCUAACUGCAUGUUCUAUUGGUUGUAAACUUGGAGAGGAAUAUCAAAUAGCUGUAGGCGUUUUGUCCCUGAUGUUGUUCAUUUAUCAAAUUAUGAACAAAUCUUUAUAAAGCCUUGGAAAAAUAGACUUAUCAGAAUGUAUGCCUAGGUGCUAUACACAUGCAUGUCUCUUGUGCCAUGCAGCUUUGCUCAAGAGAGACAAUUCUUAUUUAAGACAAAACGUACUGUACCUGAACAACCAGUAGCUUUUAGAAAGUGUUUUGAGUAUUUCAUGAUAUGCCCUUCAAUGACACAGUCAGCAUGAUGCAGAGUGUAGGCUUUAAAUGCAUACAGAACUGAAGGUUUGUUUGUUACUCACGUUCCCUUGACUGGGAAGUCCCAGCCUCAGUCUUCCUCACAAUUCCAUCUUUCAGCCGCCAGGUAAAUCAGAAGCGAAACUCCUUCAGGUGAUUCUGAAGAUGUAUACAAGCAGGACGUCUUGUUUGGCAUAGAUGAAAGUCCAUUAAAUUAGAUAAACUUUAGUAAUCCAAUGGGGAAAUGAAACUAGUCUCCUGAAAAAUACAUCAAACAAGCUCUGCUUUUUUACACUUUGUUACAUUUCAGUUGCUUUCGUAAUAUGAGAUUAUAUAUAAUCUGUAGGGAUUGAAACAACUAGUUUACAAAUGCAGAAAUAAAAUGUGACUAAAAACUAGACAUGACACACUGCCUGAAAUCAUCUGGCAGACACUCUUUUAUAUUAUACAAGUGAUACAGUACAUGAUUUCUGGCUUAUGUAAUCUGUCACUGUACUUUGUACAAGUGACAGCAAUGACCCCACAAUCCUAUAAAACGUACUGUCAAGGUGAAUGUGGAGAACAAUCCAGCAAGGAAUACUCACUCCCAAGGAGUGCACAGCAGAAGACCUUGUGUCCUUCCACUUCCUUUUGUCUCCCCCUGACACUCUGUGUCGUCCUUUCCCAUGUGUGUUUCCCCAUGGCAUGCAUAUUUUAAUCUUGGCUGGUUUUAUUUUUCACCAUUUUAGAUUGGCCCCAGUUUAUUCUGCCAUCAUUUACAAAGCAUUCUGGACAGAGUUUGUCUUCUUUUUACUCCUCCUGCUCCUCUUUUUUCACUUUACUUAAUGUCUAAUCCUUUAGACUGACAUAGCUGUGUCAGUAUGAGCCACCAAGCACUGCUGCAGCUUUUUGUUCCCUUUUCCUCCAAAUGUUUUUGUUUACCGGGUUUUAGAGUAGGACUGUCUUGUGGUCUUAUGUGUAAGCAGAUGAAAGAAAAAGAAAAAGAAAAAUGCAAGAGCAACCAAGCAACUUUUAGCAUUCCUAGCACAGCAGCAGGAAGUCGUCUUCACAAGCUUUAGAGGUUUCAGGGUUUGUCCUCCCAGCUUACUUCUUUACCCGUUGGCUUUGCGCACAGAAUUCUGCUUGUUCCUUCCAGGGCACUUCAGCCACUUUGUAUCUUCAUCCAGUCCACAAUCAGGUCUCCUUUGUUGGCUACAAGCAGACAGAUUUCCAUCUUUGUGUUCAACAUAACAGCCAAAGUUUUGCUGCACGUUUCCACCCUUGUCGGCUCCUAGCAUAGCAUCUAAUUCACCUGCUAUAGCAAUGCAAGUAAAUGAAGAUGUGCAAAUGGAGCAUUUAUGAAAGGUGUGUAGUAAUAAAUAAGAGCACACGACACUGGAUUAACGUCCAACUUCACAAAUAGAACAUAAAAACUGAAGGCAACACUCCCAACUUUCUUUUCUGAAUCCCAAUAUUCAGUUUAAAGCUCUAUAACUCACUGAACUAUUUUUAGCAGAAUGUAAAUGCUUCUGAUGCUGACUGCACCUGUAAAAAAUGACAACAGCGUAAAACCAGUGAUGUAGUCAUACUUAUGGAAAAAAAUAGGAACAGAUUUAGACAAAAAUGAUUUGCUCUUGAAUGAACAGACAAACUAACACUUCUGACAGCCACCUCCUCUCCUCCACACAACACAAAAGGUUUUCUGAUUGGACUUGACAUUAUAUUUAGAAAUGAAUCUAAUAAAUAUCUAUAAAAUAACCUCUAGAAUAAGCAUAUUCAAGAAACAAUGACAUACGCCCCAGCAUUAUCAUUUCAUUGAACAAUUUUAAGAUUUAUUCACACUGUCCAAGAAUCUUUUUACUCAAUACAUGCUUACUGAGAUCACGCUGCCAUAUGAAGACAGAAAUAUGACGGCAAUAAAGGAGAUGAAAUGCCAAGACAACUUUUUUGACAUUCCUCUUGUGCAGACUUUGUAUGGAUGGGAGCAGGAAACAGAUUUUUCAACCCUACGUUUUUGCACACAAAACGCCUGUGUUAAACACCACCACUGUUGUGAUCCAGUAAUGCCACACAAGUGAAACCCACUGCCAGGAUAGAAGCUGUGGGUACCAUUUCAAAAAUCUCACUUUCAAGAAGUUGGAUUCCAGAAAAAACAGUUACUCCACAUUCCCAGAGCACAGGUCUCAAAUGUAGUUCAGUCUGAAGCAUCCCAUAGCGUGCAAAGAGUCACUGUGGCUUGUUCUUCAUUCUCCACAGAUCAGGGCCAAGACAAAGAGUUUGAGGUUGUGAAGGGGAUUUGAAAUCAGUUGCCAGCAAGACUCAACUCAAACGAAUCCACCAUAGUUGAAGCAAGCAUACAAACGUACCACAGAGACUUGAAGGAUUUUUUUUUUGUUGGGUUUGUGUAAAAGUUGUAACCAUUGGGUUGGAGACAACUUGUUGUAAGGGUGUAUGGGCAGGUCCCUGUGAGGUGUGACGUGGGCUCACUUUACGUGCCGAGAUCAGAAAAGUGCAUUUUUUUUCAAUUCAGCAAGAAAUGGUAAGCCUCUGUGUGCCAGGGAUAGCAGAUUGAAGUUUAACUUUCCAGGGGUGGCACUCCAUUGUCUGAUGGUGUUGUUGACAUGUCACUGUUUACAAGAACCAGUCUCAGCCUCUCAUGUAUUCAAUGUAAAAUGUUUCCAGAAUCUGCUAGUUUUACAUGGAAUCUAUUUUUUGAUAAUAAAUUAAAUCCAUUGUGUUACAUUCCAAACAUUUGUUGAAAAACUCUUUUUAAUGUUAACAAUUUUUGGUCUAAAACUGCCUUGUAAACAGUGUUUUGGGGGAUAUAUUUAUGUGUCAAAAGGUACGAUUAUUGUUAAUCCUUUAUACAGUAUUUUUUUCAGGAAUGUUACGAUGUGAGGCCUUGAAAAUUUUUGACCUUUAGUGACUAAAGCACUUAAAUGAUAGUGUGUUGUUAUAUUAUUUUGUUAGCACAAAUUACAUUGUUAGGUGUAAGUAAGGAUUUCCUUCCUGUGUUGCCGACCAAAAAAAGAAAAAACUGUUAUUUUCACUUAAUAUAUGUUUUGUAUUCCCUGCAGUGCAGAACAUUGUAUGUAAUGUUUCACAGUAAUUUCCCCAGUGCAACUGUUAAAUGAAUGAAUUCAUACACAGAGUAUCAGACCAGUCAGACUUGUGUUCAGAAGUUACAUACUUUAUCCUUGGAUUUCAUUUGUAUAAUAUUCACUUAUUGUUUUCAUUUAAAAAAAAAAAUUAAUAUCCCAAAAUAUUGAUUAAAUUAACACGUUUAAUUCUAAUUUUGACAACGAAAAGCAAAAGAUUAAAUUAUUCAUAAUAUCCUUGUGAAAUGUUUCUUUUUGUAUCACGUGAGGAAAAGUGCCUGAAUGGAUAAAUGUGUACAGUUUGAGAGAAAUGUAAUAAAACAUAUUGAAUUUGCACUGUUAAUGUGGAAGAAAACGAUAUAAAAAUGAUUAUAAAUCAGAAGCACUUCACCAAUCAACACCGAUUUUGUUGUUUGCUAAAGUGUUUGUCAAAGAAAUCAUCUUUUGAGGCAUUUACUUUGAUGUCUAACUGUCUCUUAGUGAUGUUAUCCACCAUUGAAAUUUAAGAGUUAAUCAUUUUGUUUCCAUCACUUUAACAUAAACCUAUUCUACCAUAAUAUUGUAAUUAUGACUAUAAGUACCGGUAUAUAUUUUUCAGUAGGGUUUUUAAUAUUUCUCAAGUAGAAAAACACCUCCCAGAAUUGAACUGAUUGGGAUACAACACCCAACUGUGCGGCCGACUACUAAAGUAGCGAGUGAAGGUUGGCCCUGGGCAGCAUCUUGUCCACGGCUGGGACUUGUUGCCCUCAUCGACUCUGUAAAGGAUAACAUAGAAUGAGAAUACGUAUUGAUGAGUGAAUUCACUUAGUAAUGGAAAAUCAUCCACACAAAAUCUGUAGUGCAUUUCAUUCAAAAGGUGACACAUUUAUACUCUGGUACUUUUCGAAAUGCUUUUUGGUUUUACUGAAUUCCACAGACACAUACUGAAACAUCACUUUGUACUGUAUGUAGUUUUACCUCAAAAUUGUAAUUUGUAUUGUGCUGUUUAUGCAAUAAGAAAAUCAAUGAUCAUGUGCAGAAAAUACUAAUCAGAAAACCAUGUAUGAUACAGAAAUUCCCAAGGCAACAAUGUGUUCCUAUUUGUAUUUUACUGUGCAAAUAUUUUGUGUUUAUGGCCUCCACCACUAAAUUCAAAGAUUAGAUAAGACUUGACAGUUCACAGUAAUGUGUUGAAGUUCCUGUUCAGUGAACUAAUAAACUACCCUGUGCCAUACCAUAAUUAGAACAGUCCUGUGCCUUCUUUCACAUUUUUGCAUUUGUAUUACUUUAGAUUGUUGUAGAAAACAAAAAAUUUAUACUCUUAGGUGGAGUGUAAGUGGCAACAAAGCAAUACAAGACCACUGAAUUUUGUUGAUUCAGGGAGAAUGGGAGGGAGACUGCAGACAGAUUUUAGGGGGGGAAAUGUACUGUUGUCCUCUGUUGAAUGUAAGACACAUUCUGUUUUGUAUACUUUGUUAACGUGGCAAACUUACCAUGAAGUGAAACUUUUUUGUACAUUAUAACUGUUCAUAUUUUAUGUGGAGCUGGAAAAUAAAGCUAAAUGUUUCUUUUUUUUUUUAAAGGUACAAAUGAAAAUAAAAAUUUUAGUUUCAAUUUUGCAAAAGGCAUUGAACAUUGUGACAAUCUGCUUAUCUGUGCAAACUGUAACUGGGGAUCCUGACAAAGGACCUGAUUAUGAUAAAAGCAUUUCACAGA